CCGUUUUAUUUUCUUUAAGAGAUCUGUACUUUCGCGCAUAUUUUUCGAAAUUAAUGACAAUGAGUGCUGAAAAAUCGACUCCGACCACCGUGUUCCAGCAUAUCGAGGCGGCUUUGUAUGUGAUAAACCAACUGUGCAUCGGUUUCGUGACGAUUUUUGUCAGCUGGACUUGCCUGCGACAGGAUCUGGCCGGCAUCCGUCUCCAUGCCUGGCUGGUGACCUUUGGCUUCGUCUUCCUCAUGGCCGAAGGCAUGAUGUGCUUCUACGAUGGCAGCUGGCUUACGCUACGCUUCUCCCGCAAAUCCAAGACGGUGUUCCAUGUGGUGCUCCAGAUAUUGGGCGGCGGCAUGGGAGUUGCCGGCUGUCUGAUCCAGUUGAUCCGCGAUGAUUGGACAAUUAGUGUUACUGUUCAUGCCCGGCUGGGAUUUGCCGCCUUCGUCCUGUGCCUUAUAUCGCUGCUUAGCGGAGUGAUUGCUGCUUUGGCCAGAUCCCUGAGCAGCCGUAUCCCGCCGCUGAUCAAUAAGACCUUCCAUGUGAUCCUUAGUUUUGGUGCCUUUGUGACGGCCAUGAUGGCCCAAUAUUAUGGAUACACGCAAACAGGGAUCUUUCGAGGACAGGGACAGGACUUUGUCAUCCUCAUUCAAGUGGUCACAAUGGUAGCCAUGGUUCUAACUAGCAUAGGUGCUAUUAAGUCCCUGUACCAGAAGUUUUCCAGCUUGGCCAGUUAAUGACUUAAUCGGGAUACUAAGAAAAAGAAUUUAUCGAUCAAAUUUCAUAAAUCUACUUAA